AAAUAAUAUUGGAGGAAAAAAGUGUGCGUUAUUUUGUUUAUAAAUUUAAUUGCAAAAACUGCACAUCAGCACACGGCGCGUCCACACACCAACCCAACACACACAUAGAAGUGCGGUGCGCCUUAUCAAUGAACCGAGUCGCAGCCUGAGACCUAACGCCCUGACCGAAAGGCACGCCACCGAAGUGAAUUUGUUCGCAAGAACGGAAAAAAAUGGCGCCCGCAGCCACAGAAGCAAACCCAAACCCAAAAGCAAAAGCAACUUGACUUUCUUUUCGGUCUAUAGUUCGUCGCCGUACUCGUCUCGUCUCGUCGUCGGCGACGAAUUUUCGUCGCAGUGCGAUCCCAAGUGAAAAAUAAUUAAAUUGUUGUGUGUUGUUCUGCACAAUACCAACACCAUUACCAUUACCGUUUGCACUUACUACUACUAGAGGAGGCUAGUAUUUUGUACGUGAUUUAAUACCACAUAUAAUACCAGCAACAGAGAAGUGCAAUUACAUUUGCGUUUGGAAAUUUUGCGCUUUUUUUUCUUUCGCCUCCCUUCCUCCACCAUACCAUCACUUCCCACUCUUCUCUAUCUGCCUCACUUGCUCCAUUUACAAUGUGCGCCGCCCAGAACCCACAGCCGCCCUUCGGCUACACCUGGGGCUUCGCAGACAACGGCAGCCGCACCGCCGAAUCGGUUCUGGAAAUAUCGCCCAACAUAAACUACACCGUCAGCGGGGAAUCGAUGCCCUAUCUGCUGUCCACGGAUGGAUCAUUGGCCGUACAAAAGGAUGUCAAAGGUGCUCUAACCGGCAAUAAGGGGAAUGUUGUGCGUCGCAUGUACGUUGUGAACGAUCCUUCGUUUCCGCCCGGUACACAGAGAGUAAUUACCACUGGGGGAGGCUCGUCGGUAGUCAAGAAACAGGAUUCGCAGCAGCAGGUGCUGAGCCUGGACAAGAACUAUCUCCUGGUCGAUCAGGCAACUGCCGCAGCAGCAGCAGCCGCGGCUGCCAGGGAUCCCUCGGUUGCUCACCACCACACAUUGACCAACGGUAGUAUUGUCGAUGCUAAGACCGGACAGACGGUGCUGACGGCGGGCUCCGCGGCUGCAAAGUCGCACUUUGGGUCAAUUGGGGCGCUGCACCUCACCCAAGAGGAGUGCAACGAGAUCCUGAUUAAGCGCGCCAUCGCUGCCGGCCACCAUCAGACGCACACAAUCACCGCUGCCGACGGAUCGCAUCAUCAUAGCUCGGCGUCUGGCGCGACACCAAGUUUCUGUUCCGUUGGCGGCGCAACAACACUCUUAGGUGACAUACUUCCUGGUAUUUCAGUUCAAGUCCAGAAAGUAAUACAAGGACUCGAAGAGAACGAGGACUCGCAGGGCGACGCACCCAACUUAAAGUUGGAGCCAGGCACAUUAGAGUUGUCCCCAAAGACCGAACUACAGGAAUCAAUGCAUUUCAGCGAAACGGACGCCACCAUCAAGAAGGAACGCCCGUACAGUUGUGAAGAGUGCGGCAAGUCUUUUCUGCUCAAGCAUCAUUUGACAACACACGCACGCGUGCACACAGGUGGUGAGCGACCCCAUAUCUGUUCCCAUUGCGGCAAGAGCUUUGCGCACAAACACUGUCUGAACACGCAUCUACUGCUGCAUUCAACCGACCGACCCUACCAGUGCCAGGAGUGCAAGAAGAGCUUCACCCUUAAGCAUCAUCUGCUGACGCACCCGCGCGUCCACAGCCGAGAACGACCUUUCGUGUGCCAGGAGUGCGGACGUGCCUUCCCACUCAAGCGGCACCUGGUCACGCACAGCAAAUUCCACGCCGGCGAACGUCCAUACGUCUGCGAGGAAUGCGGUGAGAGCUUUGCCCAGGAAAACCAUCUUAUUAUGCACUCGCGCUUCCAUGGUUCAUUGAAUCCAUUUGUUUGCGCUGAGUGCGGUGCCUCGUUUCCACGCAAGUUCCAGUUGGUGAAUCACGGACGCAUACACGGCAAGAUCCCCCACUCCUGCACCGUUUGCGGAAAAGAGUUUUUACAGAAGCGAACGCUAGUUUCCCACAUGAGACGUGUACACACCGGCGAGCAGGCGCAUCCCUGCGUCAGCUGCGGCGAGGGAUUCCUCACCAAGGCUGAGCUGCACCAGCACGUGCGGGCAGCGCACAAUGGCGUCAAUCCCAACACGAGCAGUGCCACCAUCAUUGCCAACCAACAGUUUAUCGAUUUCAAGCAGCUGCAACAGCCCCACCACCAUCCGGGACAACAUCCGCAGACGAUCACCGUCGUGAGUAACCCGGGCAACUCUACGCUUCUCACGGUCUCCACCACGGAUGCCAAUGGUGUGGCGCGUCCGCAGUUCGUUUGCCGCGAGUGCGGCAGCGCCUUCAACAGUCGCGAGGCCUUGGCUCUGCAUUUGCGACUGCACACCGGCGAUAAGAGUCUGAUGACCGAUUUGUGCGCCUUGACGGCAGCGCUGCCGGGUCACUUCUUGAGCACGGCCAGCCUGAACCCGGGCACUGUGGUGACAGCCAAUCCGAAUUUGGUGGGCCAGAACCCAGUGCCCGUGCAGAUCAUAUCGUCCACCGGCCAGGUUAUGUCGCAGACUACGCUGGUGCAGUCCGCCAACUCGACCCAUCCGCAGGCCGUAGUCACUGCCGUGCCAACGAUGCCCGUUCAUCAGCAACAGCACAUGCAGCACGUUGCCCAGCAACAACAACAGCAGCAGCAACAGCACGUGGUCAAUGUGGUGCCGGCCAAUAAGCCCAAGUCGCAUUUCUGCGUCAGCUGUGGCAAGGGAUUCGCCGCCAAGCACGGCCUCAUGCAGCACAACCGCCGCCACCCGAACGGCGGCUGUACGGUGCGCACUCACGUCUGCGAGUGCGGAAAGGCCUUCUUCCAGAAGAACCAUCUAAUGCUGCACCAGCGCCAGCACUUGGAGACGAAGCCAGCCAUAUCACAGCAACAGGAGCAGCAACAACAGGAGGCGACCGUGACAGCAUCAGCGUCUGGACAGCAUCCGGUGCAGGUGCAGAUCCUGCCCGAUGGCCACAUACACGGCAAGGUCAUCAAGUACGAGAUCUGCCGCAGUGUGCUGCCAGAGGAUCAGGCCACAGCACAGCAACAGCAGCAGGCAGGCAUGGAUGUGGAGUAGCCGAGAGCACCUCGAUGUGGAAUGUAAAUAAAUGUAGAUGACUAGGAAACACGCACGGAUACGAACAUGGACACGGACACCGAUAUGGACAUGGACACAGAGACAGACACGCACAUCCCUCCCAGAAGUGUCCUCAACUUUGGCGAACGCGGCGAUUCCCGUAACUGUAAUGUUUUAGUUAGUUCUUAGGCUAGCGGAUAAGUAAUGGGAUAAUCUGAUAAGUAAGCGUUACACACAUGCAUAUACUACCUACCUACCUUUUACCUACCACUUACAUAGACCUAUGUAACACCAUUUACAUAUACAUAUACACAGACAUAUAUAUAUAUAUAUACAUACAUAUAUAUAUAUAUAUAUAUAUAUAUAUAUACAUAUUCGAUAUAUAUAGACGUAGACGUAGUGUAUCUGUUAAUUUUGCGAUGCGUUGGUCGCAUCUAAAACAUCAACCUGAUUGCGUUGCGAGUUUUAAAGAAUUACGUUCGAUGGUUUAAUGCAUUACCCGACUUUUACUAACAAAUAUACAACCAUAUAUAGGACUAACAUAUACGAGGGUUGCUAUUUAUAUUUCGGGAAUAGGAAAUAAGAACAAUUUUUAAAUGAAAAUGGUUUUAUUGUUUUUCAAAAUAUUCCCCCUGAUGAUCAAUACACUUUUGCAUUCGCUUGAACCAUUGGUCAUAGCAGUUUUUCCACUCCUCUUGAGACACCUCCAAAACAUGGUUUUUAAACUCUUCAACUGCUUCUUCGGCGCUCGUAAAACGUUGACAACGCAGUUUUUUUUUUGAUGUUAGGGAAUAAAAAGAAGUCAUUGGGUGCCAAGUCAGGACUGUAGGGAUGAAGAGUCAUAAAGAAGACGUUUUGACUGCUUAAAAAUUCACCUGUUUGUCGAGAUGUGUGCGAGCUCGCAUUGUCAUGAUGGAGAAUGAUUCGUGCUCGGCAGUUGGUUUUGCGAAUGUCUCCGAAGACCUCCGGCAAACAAAUGGUCGUGUACCACUCAGAAUUGACAGUCCUACGUUUCUCUAGCGGAACAGUGGCCACAUGACCCAUUCUCCCGAAGAAACAGGCGACCAUUUGCUUCGAAGUGCUUCGUGCUCGAACAACUUUUGUUGGAUUUUGCUCAUCUUGAAACACCCACACGGUCGAUUGCUGUUUAGUUUCCGGCUCAUACGCAUAUAUCCAUGAUUCAUCACCUGUUACGAUUUUAUAAACAUCUUUUGAAGCACCUCGGUCGAACUUUUUAAGCAUUUCCUUACUCCAAUUGACACGAUCCUUUUUUUGAGCGAGUGAUAAGUUAUGGGGUAUCCAACGAGAGCAAACCUUUUUUACAACUAAGUGUUCAUGUAAAAUGGAAUGUAUUGAAGUGGAACUAAUGUGCAAGGAUGCCUCUAUCUCACGAUAUGUCACAUGUCGAUCUUGCACUAUCAGUUCACGCACACCAUCGAUGUUUUGUGACACAACAUUUGGGCGACCUUCACGGAAUUCGUCAGCGACUGAACUACGACCACUAUUAAACUUUGCAAACCAGCGAUAAACUGUCGUUUUUGAUGGUGCUUUCUCGCCAUAUAAAGAACUAAGUUCAUCAACACAUUCUUGUUGGGAUAAUCCACGUCGAAAGUUGUGAAAAAUAAUCCAACGAAAACGCUCUCGAGAAAUUUCCAUUUUUUUGCCAAAUUUUUUUUUUAAAGUGAUUAUGAACAAAACAAAAACCUAUUGUAAAAUUGUGCAACCCUCGUAUGCUAAGUGUAAAAUGUAAACAUAUAAACAGAAACAAAAAUAUACAUAGACCACUACGGAUAGUUGUAGACACUA